AAUUCGCGUUGACUGCACUGUUUUUGACGUUUCGUGUGCGUGAAGCCAGUGGUAAACAAACGGUUCAUAUAAUUAUUAAUUUUUUGCAAGGUUUUGCUCGUUUUUCAGAACUUUUUGAUUACAAUGGCAUCUAACGAUGAAAUCCAUUCGACGUGCGCGGUGAAAAUACAGCUCGCUGACAUUCUUCAGUAUGUCGCAGGAGGAAGCAGGCUUAUAAUCGAAGGUGAACGGGUAUUCAAAGCCAACCAUCUGCUUCUCGUGGGAGUUCAAACUGUGCAUGCGGACGGCCUAUCCGUGUUUGCAACUUGCUUGAAAUCAUCUUCACCCAAGUCAGACCCACACAAAAUUUCUAUCCGGACCAGGCCGGUAUUUCAAAAUUGGUCCUUGCAUUGCUCAUGUAAGGCCGGGAUGGGAAAGUGUAAGCACGUCAUGGCUGUUUUAAACCACCUAUUAAUGUUUCCUUCGAUUCCUUUACUAACUACAACAGACGUGCAGCAGAAAUGGGGUAAAAUUGCCGAAAAAGUUGCUGCUGAUAUAUACAAGGCCACUAUGUUAACUUCAUUCUGCAAGAAGUCGAAGAUAACCGAAAAUCCGUCUCAAGCUCAUACUUCUAUGGCAUCGGCUGCUGCACCAAUGGAUUUAACUAGAGAAGAAAAGGCCAAUAUUCUCCAUAUUUUUGUAGAUAGUUAGAUAUUAAAGCAAUAAUCAAAAUUGUGUGUUAGAUGUAACGCUUCAUCAAAAAUUUUAGGUUUCCCUGAAAGUAAUUUAGCAUAUGAAAUGAAAGGACGACCGGAAAUGAGAAAAAAUGAGAAAAUGGAUGGAACUGAGAAUGAAUCGAAUGUUUUGCAUAACCUGCUUGGUUUAGAUGGACAGAAUAACUUGUCAACUGUUUCGAUGGUGUCAUUGAUUUCCGUUGAAGAAGACCUAGUAUCCUAUUUGCUGAAAUCGUUUUUAAGGAGAUCAUUUUCUUCGGAUAGUUUCACGAUGAUUGACAAUGAAAUAAUGAAAUUCGUUGGCCCACUGGAAGAGAACUUGCAUCUUUAUUUCGAAGUAAACGUGAACGUUUCAGAACACGAAUCAUUGAAUAUUUGUACAGAAACUGUCAACCAGAGUACGUCAUCGAGGUGGAAAGAAGAGCGUGCUCGUCGGAUCACUGCAUCUAGGGCUUAUUUUUUGUAUACAUAUUAUAAAACUCAACCCGAAAAAGUCAAGGAUUGGAAAAGGAAAAUAAUGAGUAUGGUGAUACCUAGACAUGUUUCAACACCUGCAAUUGAACAUGGUCUCCGAUGUGAAAAGCAAGCAGUAGCAGCAUAUGAGCGAGAUUUCGGAAAAGACGUUCUGAGAUGUGGUUUUGUUAUACCUCCUCAUAUACCAUGGUUGGGGUGUUCUCCAGAUGGAAUCAUUGUCGAUGAAGAAAAAGUGAUCGAAAUCAAAUGUCCGGAAGCCGGUAAACAUAAAUGUUUGAACGAUUUCAUUGGCGAGCUUCCCUAUCUCACGAAGCUCUCAUCUUUAAGGAAAAGUCAUGCGUACUACGCUCAAGUCCAGCUAAAUAUAUUCAUUUUAAAAUGUAAAUCAGCAGAUUUUAUAAUUUAUUCAGCAUAUAAAGAUAAGUGUUACGUCCAAGAAAUCAAAUUUGACGCGGAAUACGUUCGAUCAUUGAUGGCAGUACUGAAAGAAGUUUAUUUUAAUGUUUUUCUUAAGUACUUAUAUUCUGCUACUUUUGAGGGUUAAUGAAUGUACAUGUUUAUUAAUUAGAAAUAAAAGCAAUUUUAAACAUUUUUAAAA